AAAUAACACUAUUAUUAAUAAUCUAUUUUAUUUUAAAAUAUACCAUUAUGUUUUUAAUUGAUAUUUUAUUGGAAAAAUAUAGGAUCAAAAAAAUAUGAUUAUCUCUGAUAAUGAGAUUCAUUUUCUCCAAAAUCCAAAUUCUGAUAUUUCAACUCUUUUGAUUGGACAAGAUUGUCUCAAAAAUGGCCUGAGAAUCGAUGGAAGGUCACUGGAUUCACACGUAUAUGUCAGUAUUGACUUUGACGGACCUCCCGGCACCUCCUUGAUUUCUUUUGGAAAUACCGUCGUUUUUACCUGUAUUUCUCAGGAAAUUGUUGAACCUAAUUCAGAGAGGCCAAAUGAGGGGUUUUUAUUUUUUAACGUUGAAACUUCUCCUUUUACUUCUGAAAGUUAUGAACCCGGGAAAACAACUGAUCAGGAACAUAAUUUGAUAUAUUUCUUGGAGAAUAUGUUCAAGGAAUCGUCCUGUUUGGAUUUGGAAACCCUUUGCAUUACAAGUGGAAAACAAGUCUGGGCUUUAAGGGUUUAUGUACAUGUAUUACAAGAUGAUGGAAAUUUACUAUCUGCUUGUUCUUUAUCAGCCUUAGCGUCUCUUUUGCAUUAUCGUAAACCAUUGAUGGAACUAUCAGAUGAGUUAAAUCAUUCGUUUUAUGGUCUGUGGCAUAAAGGAACUCCUCUUAAUAUUUAUCAUGUUCCAAUGUUCGUUACUGUUUGGUUGCUGGAAGCUCCAGAUCACUCACUUUUAGACCAUAAUUUAUCCGAAUAUAAGUUCGUGUUGGAACCAAAUUCAUUUGAGGAAAAGUUACUCAAGACCCAGGUGUCUAUCCUAUUUAACCAGUUUGGAGAGGUUCUUUGGAUUUACAAGAAUGGCUCAACUCCCGUGCCUUUGGAGACUUUUGAAUCAGCAAUUUCAGCAUCCAAGCAAAGAUCAACUCAACUCUACGCGAUUCUGAUGUCAGAAUUGGACAAAAAUACACAAACACUAAAAAACAUACUCAAACACAUUAAUUCACAUUAUUCUAAAGCAGUUUGCCCCGUGGAAUCUCGUUAA